GUUGGAAGCAGUAUUAGCCCAGAAGGAUAAAAGCUACAAGGAAUAUAUAGUUGCUUAUGCAAGUCAAAGAUUAUCUAAAACUAAACAUAAUUACUUAGCCCUGAAAGUAGAGUGUUUAGCCAUAGUAUGGGCUAUUGAACACUUCUAUUAUUACUUAGAAGCUAGCACUUUACUUUAA